AUGCCCCAAUUUUUUAGCAUCGCCGGCUUCAAGUUCAACGUGUUCAGACAGGCGAAGACAAAUUCCGCGAUCAACACGCCCUCUAACGUCGAUUCAAGGCAAAUGCCGCGCUACGGUUCCGAGACGAUGCUCACCUCCGUGGCGCGCGACGACGCGAACGGGGUCGAGGUUCGCCUGGAGAAUGGGGAUUCGUUGCUG